UUCACAUCACAUUAUAUGGUAGAGCCUAUUUUGAUAUGUCAAACGUCGGAAGUAAUUCGAAAAUUGCCUCUUCUUCGUUCUUUCAUCUGUCGUUGUUGUCGUUUCCUUCCUUAUCCACCCAGAUUCUCUCUUCUGUCCCCAUCCCUUCUGUGGCUUCCAAUUCCCGCCGGCCCGCCUUUCCCCCAUGCCCCCACUUCGUCUUCUUCCCGUCUCUCCCCAUCCUCCUCCUCGCCAUCUCCAACCAGACCCAUGUUCUCCCUUCAACCAUGUCUUAGUUUCACCUACCCACCUGCUCCGACGACCCCAUUUUCCAGCCCGUUUUCGCCUGACAGAGCUCGAUCCUGAAUCGCGCAUGAGUCUUUCGAUUUCGAGCAUCGACGAGGUGAAGUUUAUAUUUUUACUGUCCGGCAAGUGGCAGUGCAACGCCUUGAUUGGAGGAUGGAGAGGGAGUCUACUGUGGCGGACUACAGAUAUAGCAGCUAUGGCUCCUCGUCCCCGACCGUUACGUAUUUCAGGAAGUCGGACAUCGACUUCCGCGACGUCUUCGGGGGGCCGCCGCGCAGGUCGUCAAUCCAUGAAAUGAUGCGCCACAGCUUCACCGAGGGUGCCGACUCGCUCGUGGAUAGCAGGGGCUUUGGGGAGACUCCCUCGAUCAGGGACCCGUGGACGGACGCCGAGGAGAAGCCGGUGUUCGGCGGGGGAGGGGAGGGUGGGAACCGGAGGCGGUACCUCCAGGAGGACUUCUUCGUUGACAUCUUCGGAGGCAGCGAGUCACCAACGACUCCGAGGAAGCACGACAGGGACGUGUUCUCUGCCUCGUCUCCGGGGUCGAGGGCUCUCAGCCCCGCCUGGCCGCUGCCACCCCAGGCUGAGGGCUUGUCUUCUGGGCCCACGCAGUUCAGCCUUCCAGACACAUUGAGCAAGUCGGUGGACUCUCCAGCAUUCGGUUCCAUUGCCGGAACCUCGUACAAAGGUGCUGCUUCAAACGGGACAAGCCACCUACAUUCUCCAAAAAUCUCUGUAUUCGGAUUCUCGAGCAGAACUGUCCAGGUCCAUGAUGAGACCAGAAAUAGCGGUACUCAUUACCGUCCGAGCCCUUUGUCCCAACAGUUCUCUCUUGGAACAGAGGACUCUUCAGGCCUGAUCAAACCUGAAAAGCCAAACAACCCAGAGAAGGAUAAGGGCGAUAAACAAGAUGUAACGAGCAGUUCCCAGUUUCACUUCUCGAUAUAUAAAUGGGCUAGCAAAGGAAUACCUUCAAUGAUGCCUCUGAGGAGAGUGAGCAGUUUGAGGUUGAGGGAGAAGAGCAAAACUGAAAGCUCAAGCUUUACUGAAAGGAUGGAAACUAGAAGCGAGAUAUCAGAGUCUCCUUCUGCAACUCCGCUCAACGUCAGUUUCCCUUCAAAUAGUAGAGAGGAGAAUCAGUCACUUCGUAACUUGAGCUUGAAAAUUGAAGUGGAAGCAUCCCAAUCUUUUGAGGAUGAAGUACUGCCCUCUCAAUAUCAGGAAACCGUGGCACGUGAAUGGAACAGUACCAUUGAAGAUAUUUCUGUUAGAUCUACACCGAUCGACAAUGAUAGACAGUGUUCCAGUCCCACUCUGUCUAACUCGAGACGGAGUUUAGAGAAGGAAAUGCAUGGAGGGUUGCAAGAAGGAAGCGGGCCUGAUUUGAAACCCCUGCGAACUUUCUUUGACGAUAAAGAUGAGCAAAGUUACAGCAAGGAUAUGAUUGACACAAAAAGGGGACGAACAACUAGGACGGAAAGAAGCAGUACAGGGUUGUCUAAAAAUGGUGAUGCUGUUAAAGGUUUCCAGAGACGGGACAAAGAUAUAUUGGUUCAGAAAAGCAAAGUCGAGAAAGUUAUCAAGAAAGGAUCACCAAGGAGUUCAGAAGACGACACCGGGAAAAAACGAUCCAAAGGGAAGGUCAAAGAAUUUAUUAAAAUCUUCAAUCAGGAAUCUAAGACUAGUGUUCACCCUCAGAGUCAGAGCUUUAUGAAGAAAGAGAGAGGAACUUCAGAAGCAACCCAAGAAGAAAAUAUUCACAGAACUGUGGCCAUAGAUGAGAAAGUAACAGUUACCCAGUCGGAGAAGCCCACAAAUGCUUCCAACAAGGUAGUCGAUCCUCAUAUAGAAUCUCAGAAAGAAUAUGCUGCCACAAAUAAUGCCAACGAUUUAUUCAGCGACACUUCUUCUGGUCAGAAGAAUAACUCGGCAUCAAGUAUGGUACGUGUCAUUACGAGGAAUUACUUGAAACCUUCCUUAUGCGAGAAGCUAAAGAUUUACACCUCCUUGCUCAAUUUGAAAUGUGCAACCUUGCAGAUAAAGGAAUUACCCCAAGAUGAGAAUAAGCAAGGACAGCCUACUGAAGAUCGUGAAGAAAUCCAGGCUAUAGAUGCUAAAAUACGACAGUGGUCACGUGGGAAGGAAGGAAACAUACGAUCCCUCCUUUCAACUCUACAAUACGUUCUUUGGCCGGGGAGUGGGUGGAAGCCUGUUCCUCUUGUCGAUAUAAUUGAAGGGCCUGCAGUAAAACGAGCGUACCAGAGGGCUCUGCUGUAUUUACACCCAGAUAAGUUGCAGCAAAAGUGCGCAGCUCCACAUCAGAAGUACAUUGCUCAACAAGUUUUCGAAAUAUUGCAGGAAGCAUGGAAUCAUUUCAAUACGCUCGGCUCUCUGUAAAAACUUUGGUUUCCCUCAGUAGUGCUUCGAUGAUCAAUAGACCACUGUCGUUGUUGAUACAUGGAAUGGCACAAUGGAGGGUUGAGGCUAAAUUGCGAUAUAAUCAGUUCAUGUCGGUCUUUUCUUGGCUUUUCUUAAAAGCUCUACAAGGUAUAAGAAUAUGUAAUCGUCCUAGCCAAGACUAAAUAUAUAUAACGAUCCAUCACAACAGAAAGUACCGAGCGCAGAACAGUGUAGACACUUCUUUCAUACUUAUUUGAGUCUCAUGUAUAUCCGUAUGAACUCGUCAUAAGAUAUUCUUCAAACUUCGAGGCGUAAGAAAUUGGAAAUCUAGGACCAAUUUGAGUUUGUUUAUUGGUCUCUUUGUUGAACA